AUGGACAAAACGAAGUCGAAGCUGGCAGCUUUCUUCGAUAACGACGACGAAGAGUCAUCGUUCCCACAAAAGGAGAUCGACGAUCAGAAGCGCUCGCUAUAUACACAGGGUACUGUGCGCAAGUCGAAGAGGGAGAAGGAGAAGGAGGCUGCAGAAGCUAAACGCAAAGAAGAGGAAGAGAAUGCUGCAAGAGCAUACGCGGAGUUCCUGGACGCCUUCGAGGGGGAAGGUGUGGAUAGGAAGAAGAGUGCUUCAACUUUCGUGAAGGCCGGUCAGAGUCAGCCUGUGUACACACCUUCUCCGAGGAGUAUGAGUACCCAACCUCUACGAGGAUUCGAAGAGGAUCGUAUGCCUCCAUCACCGCCUCCAGUGGCACCCAAGCCAAAGGGCAAACGGGCUAUGGAUUCUUUCCUCGAAGAGAUCAAGAGAGAACAAAGGGACAGAGAAGCGAGGCUUUCUCGCCAUGCUACGCAAGGCAGAUCUGUAACGUCAAUUGCAGCAUAUGAAGGCCAGAGUGGCAGCAGGGACAGAGGCGAUCCUGAGACUUCAAAUGUAUUUGUUGCGAACCUCCCACCAUAUGUCAACGAACAAAGCCUCGGCAAUUUCUUUGCUCGUGUAGGACCAGUUGGUUCUGUGAAAAUCAUGUGGCCGCGUGGUGAUGCCACUAUUGGCCCUGGCGCCGACAUGACUGCGUCCCGCCGCAGCAAAAAUGCAGGCUUAAGUGGGUUUGUGUCGUUUAUGAAAAGGAGAGACGCGGAAGCUGCACUGCGCGAAUUAGAUGGUUUCGAUUGGGGUGGCUCAAUUUUACGCGUUGGCUGGAGUAAGGCUGUGCCUAUUGCCGCUAAACCUCAGUUUGUUGCGAGGAGGUCAAGGUCGAGGUCCAUGUCGAGAUCACGGUCGAGGUCUCCCAGAGGACAUGGCCGUUCUCGAGAACACGAACGCCGACGUUCAAUUUCACGCUCUCGGUCUCGGGAUCGCAAUCGGUCCAGAGACUUCCGACAUUUACGCAGUCGGUCAUGGGGCAGGAGUCGCUCACGUUCUCGUUCGCGCCGCCGCUCCUUCAGUCGGCCCCGCAGAUUUGACAGUCACAGCCGUUCGCCACGCCGUCGUCAUUCUCGAAGCCCUAUGAGUCCUGAGGAGGAGGAGGUUACGGAGCAAUUCAUCAGGACUGUCGCGGGCGAAGUGCAUGGACAUGAUGCCGAGUAUGAGGAUAGCCUCCGAGAUCGGGAACGAGCGAAUCCAAAAUAUGCGUUCCUGAGCAAAGACCAUCGACGGUACAAGUUCUACCGCUCUCUGGUCGAGCGAAAGGAGUUGGAACCCGAAUUUGACGACGAAGGCUAUAACUCUGUUUACUCCACCGACUCCGCUGAAGAAUUCGAGCGGGAACGGGUUCGAAAAACUGAGCUUGGUAAGCUGGCUAGGCGCAGGUUUGAGGCGAUGCUUCGUGCAGUCUCUGGUCGGCGUGGAGAGAUCGCACGAUGUAUGGCAUUCAGUCUUGAGCAUGCAGAGGCUGCUGCAGAGGUAUCCGACAUCAUUGUUACUUCGCUGGUGGUGGACGGAACUCCCGUUCCUCGCAAAGUAGCUCGAUUGCACUUGAUUUGCGACAUCUUACACAACUCUGCUGCUCCAUUACCUAUGGCUUGGAAAUUCCGACAAGAGUUCCAAUCCCGUCUAGGCCUUGUGUUCGAUCACCUCUCCACUAUCUACCAUUCGUUCCCCGGGCGCAUCACAGCAGAGACGUUCAAAAAGCAGAUAAUCGCUAUCGUGGACAUAUGGGAAGACUGGAUCGUCUUCCCACCUGACUUCACCGCGGAGCUCCGAGCCAGGUUAGAGGGAUCAACUAUGCAGGAAGAUGAAUCACAGCCGGAAGAAGUCGUCACCGAAGUCAAGGAAAGCGUCGUGGACUUCUCAUCGAAGUUCAAAGCGAUAUCCUUCAAGCCUGCAGAAGAGGUGGCAGCACCACCUGCACCUGACAUUGGUGUUGACGAUGGUGAGCCUAUGGACGAGGGCAGUGAUGUUGACGGCGAGCCUGUUGCGGACGACGUCGAUGGGGAACCAAUUGCUGAUAUAGACGGCGAGCCAAUGGAUGAUGUGGAUGGUGAACCGAUCGCCGACGAAGAGAUUGAUGGCGAACCUAUGGACGAUGACAUAGAUGGAGCUCCGGCGGACGUAUGA